CACAGAGACUCUCAAAGCCCCAAAGCUUUGUCUCUCUAAAAUACCAUUUCCAAUUUCAUUUAUAUAUAUAUCGUGAAUAGGAAGUGGAACAUUGUAAAGGCUCAAAUGCAGGCAGGAGACUUCUUCGUCGGAGGUUAUUACGGCGGUUCAUCAACCGGAGAUUUCUCACCGGAGGUUAUUAUGACGGUGGAGCAAAAGCUGGGGAAGAAUUUCACCGUCGAAGAUCUCCUUGACUUCUCUAACAAAGAAGCCGUUAUCGGUGACGGUUUCUUCGACAAUGUCGCCGGUAAUUCCGCUGACUCUUCCACCGUCACCCGCAAUCCCUCCGUAUUCGGCAGCGAAAGCCACUUCUCUGAAGCUAAUUUCACUCACUCCUCUCAGUUCUCCGGCGAACUCUGCGUCCCGUAUGAUGAUUUGACUGAACUUGAAUGGCUCACAAAUUUCGUUGAUGAUUCGUUCUCGACGGACCCCAUUUUCGCAAAAUUACCCACACCUGAAUCCUCCUCUUCUUCAGCGCGAUCCGAUUCCUUAUCUCGAAGCUCCAUUGAUCCGAUUUUCCAACAUGGGGCUCCGCUUCCAGGGAAGGCCCGGUCCAAACGUCCGCAGGCCGCACCGUGCGAUUGGUCCACUCGAGUCCUUCAGCUCAACCCAAACCCCACGGGUCAAAAGAAAAGAGAGAGUGCAAAAGCUAGUUCGGAGUCAUCAUGGGGUCGGAAAUGUUUACAUUGUGCUUCGGAUAAGACCCCGCAAUGGAGGACCGGGCCGAUGGGUCCAAAAACGCUAUGUAACGCGUGUGGGGUGAGGUACAAAUCGGGCCGGUUGGUACCCGAAUACCGACCCGCUGCGAGUCCGACGUUCUUGUCGACGAAGCAUUCGAAUUCACAUAGGAAAGUUUUGGAGAUUAGGAGGCAAAAGGAAAUGCAAAGAGCACAACAUCAACACUUUCUUGGUCAAACUUCGGUGUUCGACAUAUCCAACGGUGGUGAUGAUCUUUUGAUCCAUCAUCAUGGAGGGCCACGAUUUAGUUGGAAUUUCAAAUAA